AUGCGGAUCCACGAGCCAGGGGGAAGGCGCUCGGGAGCUGCAGCUGUGCUGCUGCUGUGUCUCUCCCUAGCUGCAGGCGCUGCAGCAGCGGCGGAGGUGCAGCCGCUAUCAGCAGCAGCAGCAGCAGCAGCAGACGCAGCAGCAGCAGCCGCUGCAGCUGCAGAGGCAGCAGCAGCAGGACUCCCCGUCGCGGCCGCGUCCCCCGGGCAGCCCGGCCCAGGCGUGCACACCGGCAUCGACGAGACGCAGCAGCAGCAGCUGCAGCAGCAGCAGCAGCAGCAGCAGCACGCGCUGUUCUCGCUGCUGUGGAUGACAGAUAUUCACGAAGACCCUCUCUAUGACCCUGCUGCUCCUGUCUCCCACUCUUGCCGCCGCCACAAGAUGGCAAGGGGGCCCCCCUACCAGAAGGGGGCCCCCCUUUGGUUUAGGGGCCCCCCCUUCUUUGGGGGCCCCCAAAACCGCCACCGGGGCCCCCCCCCGGGCCUCCCCUGGCGGCUGCAUCACCGCCCCAUUUACCGGAGCCCCGGGGGGCCCCUCAGGGGCCCCAGGGGCCCCCUCGGCCGCCCUUGGGGGCCCCCCUUUCCCCGUAGGGGCCCCCCUCAUGGCCCUGUGUGGCCCCACCACCACCAUUGGGGCCCUCUUCAUGGCCCCAGGGGCCCCCCCCAUGGCCCCAGGGGCCCCCCCCAUGACCAUUUGGUGCCUCCGCCACCCCCUAGGGGCCCCCCACAUGGCCCUGGGGGCCCCCACCAUGGCCCCAAGGGGCCCCCUCAUGACCCUAGGGGCCCCCCACAUCACCCCGAGGGGCCCCCACAUCACCCCGAGGGGCCCCCACGUCACCCCGAGGGGCCCCCACACCACGCCUGGGGGCCCCCACAUCACCAUGGGCCCCCCCAGCAUGGCCCCAGAGGGCCCCCUCAUGGCCAUGGGGGCCCCCAUUCAGACCCUAGGGGCCCCCCCCCAGGCCCUAGGGGCCCCCCUGAAGACCCGAGGGGCCCCCCUAGAGGCCCGAGGGGCCCCCUUGAAGACCCGAGGGGCCCCCCUGAAGACCCUAGGAGCUCUGCCAGCGGGCCUGUGCCAUUUGUUGGGCGCCGGCUCAUGAAUAUGUACCAUUCAGAAGACUCGCAGCAGCAGCAGCAGCAACAGCAGCCGGUGCUGCAGCAGCGGAGGAGGUGGAUUCCGCGGGCCGCUAUGUGGAGAAAUCGAAUGACAGCAGCAGCAGCAGCAGCAGCAGCAGCAGCAAUGCCAGCAGCAGAAACAGACCCAGAGCUUGGCCGAGCUGGCUGCGACUCUCCUCCGGCCCUUGUGAAGAAGGCCCUGCAGUUUGCUGCUUCCCUAGCCUACCCAGGAGGUGCUGCAGCAGCAGCUGCUGCUGAGGAAGUGGCGUACCCUUUGCCUCGAGUUGCUGCUUUGCUGCUAACUGGGGAUUAUGCUGCGCACUACCCAGACUUUCAGAUUGAAAACAGGAAGCAGGCUUUGCGCGCUUGGACGGAGUCGCUAUUUGAGCAGUUCCCUCAGGACUGCGGCGCUGCAGGCGAAGCAGAACUGCCUCCGCAGCAGCAGCAGCAGCAGCAGCAGCAGUGCAUGCAGCUGCUGAUGGUGGCCGGCAACAACGACAUGCCCGAAGACUAUUUAGUCCCCUCUUCUCGACCUGGCUGGUCUCAGUUUCUUUUUGAUCUUUGGAAAAAGGCCCUGCCUUCCGAUGCAGCCACCAAGGAGUCGUUUUUGCGGGGCCUUUACUAUUCGGCGACUUUGCGGGAACAACCAGGAGUUAGGGUUUUGUGUUUAAACACCGUUUUGUAUUCUGUAGCAGCUCGGGAGCUGAUUAGCAGCAGAAGACGCUUCAGCAGCAGCAGCAGCAGCAGCAGCAGGAGGCCCUCGCGAUGCAGGCGCAGGAAGCAGCGGGGCCCCACAGCGGCUGCAGCAGCAGCAGCGAAAGAGACACCGGAAAAGGAGACAAGAGAUGAGCUGCUGGAGGCCCUCGAGGAGACAGGAGAAACGAAAGAAGCAAAAGAGACAACAGAGACAGACACAGCAGCAGCAGCAGCAGCAGCAGCAAAUUCCCAAACAGAGACCGAAGCAGACUCCUUGCUGCAGCAGGAGACAGAAGCAGCCCCUUCAGCGGAGGCAGCAGCAGAAGACGCCCAAGAUGCAGCAGAAGAGGACGAGAAAGACCCAGCUGGCCAGUUCGCGUGGAUGCGCCACCAGCUGCAGGAGGCCAGAGCGAAGGGGCAGCAGGUGGUGAUUGCUGGACAUGUCCCCCCUGGCUUUGACUCUCAUUUGGGCCUCGGCUUUUCGCAAAUGCGUCUCUGGGUUUCCAAAUACACAGAACUCUACCGGGCGCUGGUCUCGGAGUUCGCGGAUGUCAUAGUAACUCAGACUUUUGGGCACAUCCAUUUUGGCCGCGUGAGGGCCCUGGUACCCCCUGGGGCCUCGGGGGCCCCCCCCCCCAGUAUGGGGGCCCCCCCGCACCCCACAGACCCUCUGGGGGCCCCCUCACCCUCCACAGCCAUUCUGGGGGCCCCCGCACUGUCCCCUAUUCACGGCAACAACCCCGCAGUUGCUGCUCUGGUCUACAGAGCUGCAGCAGCAGAAGAGAGGGGCCCCCAGGGGGGCCCCCUGGUGCUGCAGGACUAUGUGCAGUACAACCUGCCCCUGUACGGCUUCGUGGGGCGGGCCUCCCGGGGCCCCCGCGGGAGCCCCCCGGGGGGCCCCCAGGGGGGCCCCCUUGGGGGCCUCCGAGAGCCCCGGCCGGACUUCUCGUUUGAGUUCAGCCUGCAGGAAACCUUUGGGCCCUUCUUGGGGCCCCGAAAGUGGCUGUGGCGUCCGGGGCUCUCGCGGCGCGGGGGCCCCCCCCCAGGGGCCCCCAGGGGGGCCCCCGGGGGGGCCUCCGGGAGGGUUGAUGGGGCCCUUGCUGCUGCUCUCGGGGCCGCUGUGAGAAGGUCCCCAAUGGUAUUUGCUCUCUAUGAAUGGCAUGCAGCAGCAGGGGGCCUCAGGGCCCCCAGCCGCGUGCGCAGCUGCGAAAUGUUGGCUUUGACGCAGCAGGAACUGGAGGCCUGCUUGAGCGCGGAGGCGUAA